AUGGCGAUUGUGCGCGACGAGGGCUUGCUGGGCAUCUACCGCGGCCUCGUACCGGUCAUGCUGCGCCAGGGCGCCAACAGUGCGGUGCGGUUUGGCACAUACUCCACGCUGCGCAACUUUGUGCAGACCUCGUCGCGCCCUGGACAGCCGCUGCCGGGUGGCGUCACGUUCGGUAUCGGCGCGGUGGCCGGCAUCGUGACGGUGUAUGCGACCAUGCCGCUGGACGUCGUCAAAACGCGCAUGCAGGCGCUCGAUGCGCGGCAGCGGUACGCGGGCACCCUGGACUGCAUGCGCCAGGUGUUCCGCGACGAGGGCCUCCUGGCCUUCUGGCGCGGCGCCACGCCGCGCCUCGCACGUCUCAUGCUGAGCGGCGGUAUCGUCUUCACGGUGUAUGAGAAGAGCAUGGAUCUGCUACAAAGUCUCUCUGCACGAAACUAG